UAAUCCUCUCCACCCUACCUCACAACUUCCCGACUACCACGCUCUUACCAUCCACGAACCCACCAACACGUCGCCUGGACGCGCUCUCGGAACUGAUCGACGCGUCUCGGAACGCUACUCGGACCACCGAAGACUGCGACGACGAUUUCGAAACACCUUUCCUGGCGCGUAGAGACAGACAAUUGAUCAACUGCCUACAGAGGGGCCAUUGCCCCCACCUCUUACCGCGAAUUACCUCGAGCAGAGGUAAUCGGCGCGCUUCGAUUGUCGCGACACUUCCGAAGUUUGCGACGCGGUACCGUGGACGUCGAACGGGCUACAUGAGCUAGGGAUCAAACCACCAUGGUUCUCUACAAGCGUAAACCCGUCAAGUUCGAACCCCUGCCGAAGAACCUCGACGACAGCACUGAGGUGUGGCAUAUCGAACAGACUGGAGAGGUCUUCACAGACUAUGAGCGGUUCCUUGAGAGAUACGACUUCUAUCAACAGCGGAGCUUCACUUGCCAGGCGACUGGUCAUUCAGGCUAUACCUAUUUCGAGGCCCAGGAGAGCGAGGUAGGCUCCACGUCAAUACUCGUCAAGGCCGAUGAAGAGGUAACAUCCGUGCAGACGGAAGCUUCCAAAGAGAUCAACAGCAUCUUCCCGGAUGGCUUAAGGUCUCCUGUCCUUCACUAUGUCCAGUUUCAAGACCACCAUCGGAUGGAUGACCUAGUGAAUGAUGUCUACGAUCACUUCAAGGAGCACUUCAUGUUGAAUGAUCGGGUUUCCGUUGAAGGCGACCACUCGCGCCGCUUCGGCAAGAUUACUGAGAUCACGGACAGCAGCCGACUACACAGCAUGUUCAGUGGUCAGUCCAUGGACGAUAACAUUCGGACUUACACCUACGUCAUCACUAUGGAAGACAGCGGUGAAACCGUCACCAAAUACAAAGCCUCAGAACUCCAGCGCGAUCGAAAGACCUAUUCCAAGCUCAUACUGAAAGCUUUCCUUCGCAAUGCCCUUAAGCGUGAGUCAUGGAUUGGUGCGCCAUGGAUGGUCAAAGACAGCUUGGCAAAGCGAUACGACAUACCCACUAAGCUUCCUGACAAGAAGACCCGGGAGGCUAUUUUAGCUGCUAAGAGGGCUACCACUGGCGUACCGAACGGUCCUCAACAAGCACCUCCACCGCCCCGUACUAUUGAGUAUGUCAAAUACCCAUGCGAGGACCUAGAGAUCAAGCAACCUCGUCUACAGGUCAACCGACCACCAUUGAAGUUCUUCUCCGACGACGUUCCCGAAGGAGUCGAGCCGCCGGCUGACGAUAAAAAGACCGGCAUCUUGAUGAAGAGUAUUGGCCCGUUACUCUGUAUCUGGGAGACUCUCAACGUUCACGAUACCAUCUACAUGCUAGACUCUUUCACCUUCGAUGACUUUGUCGACGCUAUGCGGUUCUCACAUGAGACAGUCGAGUGUGAGUUGUUUGUAGAGAUGCACUGUGCAAUCCUGAAGCAGAUUAUCAAUGAUUCGGGGAAGAUCCAGACGUCCCUACCUAACAUGGCCGACAGCGAGGAUUCAUCAGACGAAGAUUCGAGCGAGGAGUCAACGCCCACGCCCGAGCCCGAGCCGCCUGUUCGAACUACUCGUAGUAGUUUGAGGAAGUCGGGUGCAGCCCAACUUGUUGCAAAACCACGUACACCUACGCCUGAGCCUCCGAAGGAACUCCAUAAGGCCGAGGAAUUCGAUAACGAAUUCGACUGGGUCGAGCAGUGCAAGACUCGCAACUUUGCGGACGGUGGAUGGCAGGCAGUCAUUGUCGCACUCCUCUAUCGCCUUUCCUUUGAUCCCGCGCGGAAGGAAGCCUGUGACGAAAUCCUUACUGAGCUUGUCCCUCCUGAUGAAGAACCUACCAUCACCACCAUUGCCACCAACUACGCGAAGCUCGAUGUUAACCUCCGCAUCUCUGCGCUCGAGAUGAUUCUGAAUCUCACUAUUGUCACUGAGAAUUUCCGCGAUCAGCUGGUCGCUGCCGCCCAGGAAAUGACUCGCUUGCGCAAGGAAAAGAUUGAGUACCAGCGCAAACGCAAAGAGCUGGCUGAUGAACUUUUCAAGCUGGAUUUGGAGCGUAAGAUCCACCUUCCUGCCAACACGCCGGCGUCGCCUACGGAUGCCAAGAUGAACGAGGAUGUGGAUACAUCCAUGACGAGCAUUAACGAUGGAUCCAAGGAACCUGCCGAAGCCGAAGCAAACGGUGGCAACGAUGCACCUACUUCCAAGGGCAGAACCCGUCCGGCGAACAAGAACAAGCGCAAGGCGGCUGCUGAAGAAGCUCGGAAGGAGAAGGCGAAGAAGGCCAAGGCAGAUGCUGAGAAGACCAAGAAGCAGAAGGAAUGGGAGAAACUGCUACAGGCGAUUGAGAAGAAGAAGGACGAGCUCAAGGAGUGCGAGGACAACAUCAGCGAGCUUGACGAUGAUCUGCGCGAAACUCUUGUGCAUCGUAGCAAGAUCCUUGGCAAGGAUCGAUUCUUGAACAAGUACUACUGGUUCGAGCACAAUGGUAUGCCGUUCGGCGGUGUUCCUAAUAGCUCUACCGCCGAGUAUGGGUACGCCAACGGGCGAAUUUGGGUACAGGGACCGAGCGAGUAUGAACUUGGUCCAAACUUGGAGGAGCCUGCCCUCUCUCAAGAUAUGCAGCGCUUUGGCUACACUAUCCCGCAGCGUAAAGAACGAGAAGAAGGCCCGACGCACCUGUCCAACUCGAAUCAGUGGGCGUUUUACGACGACCCGGAGGACAUUGACAAGCUACUUGCGUGGCUCGAUGAGCGCGGCCAUCGAGAACGUGUUCUGCGUAAGGAGCUACAAGCGUUCCGUGACCGUAUCGCCGAAUACAUGCUUAAGAUGCGAAAGCAUCUGGAGGACUCCAACAAGCCCCAGGAAGAGGACGAUGAUGACAACAAGACAAGAGUGUCGACGCGAAACAAGACCCAUGUCGACAAGGACACCCCCAAGGAUCGCUGCUUGCUCUGGACCAACAGCAUCAUGCGUGAGGAGUUCGGCCACAACCACAUCGAAGAGUACGAACCGCCAAAGAAGGGUAAGGCGAAGCCUGUCAAGGCAUUCAAGGCCAAGGGCCGAGGCCGUUAA